AUGAGAACAAGCCCAGUUUUCUUGCUGGGAUUUGCUUUGGUUCUUUUGGCUUCUUCGUAUGCUUCGGCUGCAAUCGUAGAGCAUUCAUUCCAUGUGAAAAAUCAUACUGUCAAGCGAUUAUGCAAGACACAAGUGAUCACUGCAGUAAAUGGAAGUCUUCCAGGCCCAUCUCUCCGUGUACGAGAGGGUGAUACGCUUGUCGUCCAUGUUUUUAACCUCUCCCCGUACAACCUCACUAUUCAUUGGCAUGGAGUUUUCCAAUUGCUCAGCGGGUGGGCUGAUGGACCCGAAUUCACAACCCAGUGUCCGAUCCGGCCCGGACACAGCUACACCUAUAGGUUUAACAUUACAAGGCAGGAGGGGACUCUCUGGUGGCAUGCACAUGUUCAGUGGCUCCGGGCGACAGUUUAUGGAGCCUUAAUUAUCCGACCCAGGGCUGGCCGGUCAUAUCCGUUUCCAAAGCCACACAAAGAAGUCCCCAUUCUUCUUGGAGAAUGGUGGAAUGCUAAUGUUAUUGACGUAGAAAAUGAAGCUCUAGCAACCGGAAAUGCACCUAACGUAUCAGACGCGUACACAAUCAAUGGUCGCACCGGGGAUCUUUACCCGUGCUCUUCAAAUAGUACAUAUCGGCUAAAAGUGAAACGAGGAAAAACGUAUCUCUUGCGUAUCAUCAAUGCUGCGCUCAAUAACCAACUAUUUUUCAAGAUAGCCGAUCACAAAAUGACAGUGGUUGCAGUCGAUGCUACGUACACAAAUCCCUAUGUCACCGACGUCGUGGUAACUGGGCCCGGACAGACCACAGAUGUUCUCUUGAAGGCCGAUCAGCCACCGGCACUGUACUACAUGGCAGCAAAUCCCUAUGCUAGUGCAGCAGGAGUUCCAUUUGAUAACACUACAACAACUGGGAUUAUAGUGUACAAGGGUGCUACCCAAUCCACCCCUAAAAUGCCUGUCCUUCCAGCAUUCAAUGACACCCCUACCGCCCACAAAUUUUUUAGCAAUCUAACUGGGCUUGUUACUGGGCCUUUCUGGUGCCCUGUACCAAAAAAAGUGGACGAACGUAUGUUUAUAACUGUUGGGCUGGGCUUGGUUCCAUGUGGAAGCCCAGGGAACACAUCCUGCCCGGGCCCACUUGGGCAAAGAUUUGCUGCUAGCAUGAAUAAUGCAUCUUUCCAGUUUCCUAAUAAAUUGUCAAUGCUGGAGGCAUUUUUCAACAACGUUGGUGGAGUUUAUACCACUGAUUUUCCUAAUACUCCACCAGUGAGAUUUGAUUAUACAAAUCCUAAUAACAGCCUUAAUCGAGCAAUCAUAAUGACUACGAAGUCGACAAAAGUGAAGAAAGUUAAGUACAAUGCAACGGUAGAGAUUGUGAUGCAGAAUACAGCUCUAAUUGGGAUCGAAAAUCAUCCUAUACACUUGCAUGGAUUCAACUUCUAUGUUUUGGCUCAAGGAUUUGGCAACUUCAAUAGGACUAGGGACACUAAAAAGUUCAACUUUGUAAACCCACAAGAGCGUAAUACCAUCGGCGUGCCGGUUGGAGGAUGGGCUGUGGUUAGAUUCCGAGCAAAUAAUCCAGGUGUAUGGUUGAUGCAUUGUCACUUGGACGUACACUUGCCUUGGGGUCUUGCUACUGCUUUCGUCGUGGAGAAUGGACCAACGCCAUCAACAAGCCUGCCUCCACCUCCUCCAGAUCUUCCUAAAUGUUAA